UUUUCCGGUUUCAACAACGUCAGAGUUGACAAUAUUUAUGACAGUUAUCAUGUUUUUAUGAAUGUAGCUAAUUAUAUAUAGAGUUGUUCAAAAUGGAGAGUGUCAGACGGUUUGCUAGCCAGUCAAAUGCCCAUUGUAUGGAGAUGUUAUCUGAGGUACAGCCAUACUUAGUAGAGGUGGCGUAUUUUUUCUUCUUUCUCUCCAGACACAUGACUUUACCGUUAUUCCAGGAGUACGUUCAGUCCGAGUUUUACAAACAAAAUAACUUGAAAGCAUCUGCAAUAGAACCAUUUGUGUACAGUGGCAAUGGCUCCAGUCUGUCUAACGUUGCUCACAGAGAGAGCACGUUAGCCAUCCUGAGUUUACAGAUAGCAGAGGGACUUCCUGCAGUGAUUACUGUAAUUAUCCUGGGGGCCGUCAGUGACAGAACCUCACGGAGGAAGAUUCUGCUGUGGAUGCCCUCGCUAGGAGGAAUUCUUCACUCUUUAGUUUACAUCUUGAUUCUGUACACUAGUUAUACAUUGGAUGGUUUAUUUAUGGCUUCAGCCCUGAGAGGAUUGAGUGGCAGUAUGACUGCAUUCCUAGCUGGGAGUACAUUUUUUGCCAUUAACACAACGCAAAAAGAGAAGCGCUCAUCACGUCUUGCUAUACAAGAAUCUUUAAAUGGCUUAGCAUAUGCAAUAGCUAAUAUUAUGGUUGGCUACUGGGUACAAGCUAGUGGGUUUCACCAACCAUUUUGGUUCACAUUGAUUUGUGGCUGCAUUGCUUUUCUGAUUUCAUUUUUCCUUGUAAAGGAAGUAAAAGUUGAAAUAAGUAAUCCUAAUAGAUAUGACACAGAAAACUGUUGUAUAGACACAUUCAGACCUAUGGGAAAGUUUUUUAGAUGUAAAGACAGGAAACUUCUAAUUAUGUGGCUAGCCAUUUUAGCAUUUCAAAGUUAUGCCUGGGUUCAUUUGGGACAAAUUAACACUCUUGUUCUUUAUUUCACUGGAUCUCCUUAUCACUGGCAGUCUCACAAGGUUGGGGUUUUCUUGUCGGUAGCCAUGGGCGUGGCAUCUUUUGGGGUGCUGUUCACUCCCCCCGUGCUGAGGAACUGGUUCUCUGAUAUCCACAUCACAUUUGGGGGACUUUUCUCCAAGGCUGUGGGGACACUCUGGUUAGCUGUUGUUCAGAAUGAAGUUGUGAUAUAUUUUGCAAUUUUCCUCUUGGUAUUGGAGCUGAUUCCCUUUCCAAUGUUAAGAGCAGUUGUUGCUAACAAUAUAGAAACAGCUGAUCAAGGGUCCCUGUUUGCUUUGAUGCAUUGUGGGGAGGGGAUCACGUACUUCCUGGCCCCUUUCAUGUUCCAGUCUCUCUACGCAGACAGCAUUGACUACUUCACGGGAUUUGUCUUUGUCCUGUCCGUCAUCCUGCUAGUCAUUCCUGUGGGAUUUGUUAUAGCUAUCAAGUUUUUGUCAACAGGCCAGUCUGGGGAAUAUGAAAGAAUGGAGGGGGAAACAGAGAUGACGACAGGAGAGGAGCUACCCCUCCCCACCAACCAUGAGGAUAAGAACAUAAGUGUUAUCCCAGUCACGUCCAGCGAGAACACGGAGCUCAAAACUACAGCCCAACCAAAUGUCACAAGGUCAAGGUCAUCCAAGGAGGAGGCAACAGAGCCAGUAGAUGUAUGAUUUUUUAAUAAAGAAGUUUUUUUCUGGCAAUACAGCAUAGGUAGAAUUUGAAACCAUUUUUAGUGGUUUCAGUUUAAAUGUAGAAAAGAGGAGUAAAUACCAGCAAACCAUCAUUUUAUACAUUGUCAGUUGGUUGU